ACUUAGGUAUUUUAACUUACAGGUAUCCAUUCACCAGAAUUGAGCGGAAACUUUUUCCAAUUUGAAUUAAUAGGUCCUUUGCAUAAAUAAAGCAUUUGGACAUCUGAAUAGGCAUCACCAAACCGAACUUCUUUGUAACGACUGUCUUCUUCUGCUUUUUGGUAUCUUAAAUGAAAUGGAAAUUCUGUCUCAAUCAAUUUGUUUGCUGUAUCUGGGAGUGUGUAGUUGACAACAUAAAGAACAAAUGGAUCAGAUUUAUGAGCAGGUGCUUCCACAUCAAUAAAUUUGUUAUCCACAUAAAAAGCAACCUAAUACAAUAUAACUAAUUAAUAAUCAUUUAAACAUAAAUAUUAUAUUAACAUAAAAACCCACCUUACGGUUGUUAGCAAUAGUAGCUAAUUCAUACUUGUCAACAUAAAUAUCGGCUGGAAAAUCAUAACGUAAAGUUAUGGCACAGUCUUUACGGUUCGAUGUUUCAUAGUCAGCAGUUACUGUUGUACGAAGAAUUCUACAAUAUUUGGAGAAAUUAAUGAAAUAUUUAAUUGAAAAUGAUGGUGAUUUUACACUAACCUGUGGUAACCUUCGUUUUUUACUAGUAAAUUUAUGUUUCCAGAAUGUACUACCAAGUAAUGCAUUGAAUCUUGUGUACCCUUGAACCCAUAGUACGAUACAACAGUUGUGACAAACACCAGCGAAUAAAUAGUAAAGAGAAUUAUUUUUGUUUUCAUGAUUAAGCCCAUGAAUAUAUACUAAGUCAAAAACACAAUAAAUAGUUAAAACAAAUUUAAAUACUAAUAAUCGUAGAAAAUAAAAUUGAAUCAACACUAAUAUUUCGGAAAUGUAUGUGAACUGAGUGACUGUUUUCUUGUACCUAGUUCUAUAUAAUCAAAAUAGAAAUCUCAAAUCGGCCUUGUGCUAGGCGGGUGGGUGUUUGUUAUCACAGAACAAUAUUGUUAUCUUCCAUUGCUAAAAGAAAAUUAUUGACUUUUUGGUGGCAUGUGAUAACGCAAAAUCGAGAACAGAGAAAUUUUCUACUCGCUCCACUGCUUGAAGAUAAUAUUCAUGUUUUUAAUUUUGAAUACGAGGUCGAUUACUUCUACUACUUCUACUUAAAUGAUUACAUUCAUUAUAAUACAAUUAUAGUUUUUUGUACUAUUCAUUAUUGUAGUAUGAUAAAAAUUGAUUGAUUCCUUGUCUAUAAUUUCUUAAAUCGAUGUAGAUAAUUUUUUCAUUUAAAACUGUUAAGUGUGCGUAAUAAUAUUGUGUACACAAUGACUACAGACGAAAAGAAUUUCUUUCAAAAAACAAUCCAACAUUUGGCUCGAUCUUUAGCGUCACAAAAGGACAUACCAUGGGAAAAAGUAAAUACUUCAAACUUAAUACCUAAUACAGAGAGAAAAAAAUUUAUGAAAAACCAUCCUAAUUUAAUAUAUAUUAUAAAUUAAAUUAACUAAAUGUUGUACCCAACAGAUCCAAACAUUGUAUUCAUUGUGUCCCCAAGAAAGUCAUCAAGGUAUAUUCAAGAUGGAUCAAAGGGGACAAGAUUCUAUUAUAGCAUUAGGAAUAUACCUCUUGGAAUCAAAUUUCCAACAUGUCAAUAACAUACUACCAUAUUUAUUAAAGUUACUCAAUGGUUUAGGGAAAAUGCAAUGGGUGGAUGAGAUAAAGUAUUUUCCUAGAGAAAGUUAGUAUUUUUUAUAGUAACUGCUUGUAUUGCAUUUAACUAAUUUGAUAUGUUAUUAUUUCUAUAAGGAAUACCUGUUGCUGAAAGAAUGAGUUUUUGUUUAAAUACAUUAUUAACAGAUAUAGCAACUCGUUAUCCAGUGGCUAGAGAAAAAAUCAUCGAAGCCCAGAUCAAAUGUCUUAGUAAAUUAUCUAAUAUGAUAAGAUCGGCUAAAAGUGAUAAACUAAAUGAUAUAAUUAAAAGUAUGUUUCUAUAGGACAUAGUAUGUGUCUAGAAAUAAAUGUAUGUAAUUUAAAAAGAAAGUUAAUGAUAAUUUUGAAAUUUUAACAGGCACGUAGCUAUGAGGAGAUUAGGGUGUGCCUGGCCCAUUCUAAAAUGUGUCAGGUCUUAGGCCGGCACACCCAAAAUAUUCAGUGGGGCCCAUUAUUAUUUGUGUUUAAUUUAUACCAUAAAUAAAAUAUCUUACUCGACUUGCCUAGGUAUUGUGAUAUAAAUUGAUCAAUGAUAAGUGAUUACUACCUAUACUCUGUCCUAUAAGAGAGCAUACCGCAGGAUAACAAAAAUUGGUCAACUCUACUCACAGCCACCAUUGUUGGCAAUAAAAUUUGAAUGCAUGGAGGGUAUACAAUGGCCCGGUCGGUCGACAAAUAAUGCACAGAUCCAACAUGCUCACAAGUGGAACAGAGUAUAGUACCUGUCACCAGCUUACCACCAGUAUUAUAUUAUUUUGUGUAUAUUAUUUGGUAGAUGACAUAAUCAUCAAAAAAUAAAUCUCAUUAAGAUACAAAGAUAUGAUUAGAUUAUAUAUUUGUAGUUAUAAUAUACUUAUUAGUACCUUUUUUUUUUAAUAUAAAAAAUGUCAAGGAGACCUAAAUAUUGGCCCACCUAAUGAAAAUAUUCUAGCUACGUGUCUGUACCCAUAUCAAUAUUUAUUUAUUCAAUUUAACUUUUUUGAAAUUUGAUUAACUAAUGAAAUGCCUAUAAAAGAACUAAUUCUAGGGCUAAGUUAAAGAAAUUUUAAAUAUUGUCCAUAAUUAAGUUACUUAAUGAAUUAAUAAUUAAGUUAUAUACUAUGGGAUAUAUUUUUGUAAUGAACUUUUGAAAGAAAGUUUGGAAAUAUUUAAUAUGCACAGUUUAAAUUAUUUAAAACUUUCAAGAUAUUUUAUUUGGGCAUAAAUAUGAAAGUUAAUUAUUAAUAUAUUUUAAAUUAAAUUAUAGCAACAUUGUGUAAAGCGACCAUUCCAUGUUUUAUCGGUUUGGCUAGAUCAAUGGGACGAGCAACUUUGAGUGACCCUCCUCUUUUGUGUCGCUUAUUUCCAAAACCUAGUGCUCCAAUUCAACAAAUUCCAAUCCCUGUACCUGAUUUAAACAUUCCUAAAAAGAAGAGUUUUUCCAACUUUCGGUAAUAUUUUAAUUUUAUUUGUAUCACAUUAAAAACAUUAUUCCUAAUGAAUUAAUUUGAUUUCAGUUCCAUUAUUCCACGUUCAUUGUCUCUUAAUUUGAAUUUAGCAUCACUUGAUAUAAUGACAUUAAGUUCACUUGAUCCAAUGAAUGAUCUUAAGUAAAUAAAUAUGCCAUUUUGAUAUACAUAACUGAUUACAAAUAACUUUUAUAAAUAAUUAUAUUUAUUUGUGUAUAGCAAUAGAAUGAUUUACAAAUCUGAAUGCAAGUUAGGUUCACAAGCACCAAAUAAUAUGUCCAACUAUUUUUUCUUCAAAUAUGGGUCAAGUUUUAAUCAGUUUCCAUACACAAGGUUUACUGAUUCGUCUAUUGAUCACAAAUCAUCAACGCUUAUGUUUCCUUUAGGUCAUCUACAAGUAAGAAUUUUCUACUUUAACCAAUUUAUUGACUUUAUUGUAAGAAAAUUGUUUAUAGACUGUUCUAUCUAUUGCCAAAAAAAUUCUCACUUCUGAUGUUUUGGGCUUUAUGGAUAGUUUGGCUCUUGAAUUUCAUAUAUCUGGUGAGAGUAAAACAUUUUGCUAUCGAAGUUUUAGUGAAAUAUUAAAUUUGGUUAUUGCAUCAUUAUUAAGAGAGUUACUUCAAUAUCAACAAGGUAAUAAAAUAAUAAAGUAAAAACAAAAUAUUAAAUUGUUAAUGCCUGUAAAUAAAUAUAUAAAUAAAUAAAUAAAUGCAUCGCCUAGAGCAGGAAUCAGCAAACCGUGGCCAGCAAAGCAAUUUUUAUGGCCCACACAAAGAUGUUUAAUUGGUUAGGUUAGGUUUCACCAAGACGCAUUGUGUUGUAAAGUUCUUGCGUAGAAAAAAAUUAUGAAUGUUGUAAUUUCUUCAUUACAUUUUAUUCGGUUAAUGAUUUGGGUAAUUGUCAAUUUCAACAAUAUUUGGAUGAAAUUAAAUCUGUAUAUGGGGAUGUUAUAUAUUUUAUAGGAGUACUCAAGAGGUUGAGUAGAGGUGCAGCAUUUAAAAGACUUUGAUUUACAAUUGGAAAUAGAAAUGUUUUUGAAUGAAAAAUAAUUAAAUCAUUACUAUCAGAUGAAUUAUAGAAUUUUGAGUGGGCAUUUUUAACAGUAAAACAACGUUUUUGAAUAAAUUGAACAUAAAAUUUCAAGGUAAAAGAAAAUUGCUGUCAGAUAUAUAUACUGAUGUUAAAUUGUUUCAAUUAAAAUUCAACUUAUUAUACAAUCAUUUGAAUUAACAAAAUUUUCAUCAUUUUUCAUGUUGUAAAUGAGAUUGAAUCUUUUGUAAAACCACUAUAGUGAGAUUCAGUUGAACCUAAAUUUCUUAAUAUCACGGAAUAAUUGCAAAACAAAUUUUCAAUAAGAUUUAAUGAUUUUUAUAAAUAUGAUAAUAAAAUAAUUCUGGAAUUCUUUUUUAGUGGCUAUUAAUCAUGCCAAGAAUAAUUUACAAAUAGAAAUCAUUGAACUUCAAAAUGACAAGGUUCUAAACAUUUUUCUUCGGAAAACAACUAGUUUAUCUCAAUUUUCCUGUAUCUAUAUUCACUGCAAUUAGAAAAUUUGCACAAAAUCUUAUAGAUAGAAGUACAUAUUAUAUGUAUAUGAGCAGACAUUUUCCACUGUGAAGUACAAGAAAAAUAAACACCCUUUGUGCCUUAAUGAUGCACGUGAUGAACAUUUGCACACUGUAUUAAGAGUCUCAGCGACAAGUUUGCAAGCUGAUGUAGAAAAAUUAACUAAUAAAUUGCAGGUACAGAAAUCACAUUAAUAUACAAUUUUGCAUUAUUUUUUUUUAAAUUUUAUUUUUUCGUAAAAACCAUAUUUUUUUAUACAAAAAUUUAUAUUCAUAUUUCCAUGUAAAAUAACAAAAUUUAAUAGUAAUAUAAUUAUCAGUAUUAUACCAUGUGUACAAUUUUUUUUUUUUAAUGUGGCCCUCGAUGAGAAGUUUUAAAUAAAUAUGGCCUAUAUGGUUAAAAAGGUUGCCAACUCUUGGUCUAGAGUAUUAUUGCAGUCACUUUUUACAUUUUGACUUUGUGAUUUUACCUGACGAUGAACUUUUAAUUCGAAAAAGGUCAUACAAUACACAUAUCAUAACCCAACCUAACCUUAUUUAUUUAUUUAUUUAUAUAUCAACAAUGUACUUAUAAAUUAUACAUUAUGAUUAUAAUAUUGAACUAUUAGAUGACUGAAAUUAAUUUUGAUGUACAUUAUUUUAGAUUUGCCAAUGCCGUUUACUAAAGAUGUUCAAGAGUUUGUUAAAGAUUUGUUCUUGAAUGGUCAAACUGAGUUACAAUCUGGUGUAUUACAGGAUACAAACGAUCAUGAAGAUAAAGAAUCCCAUUUAACAACAAUAAAUAAGUUUAAAAUUAAUGUUUUAGCAAAUGCAGCAUGUGUGGAUUUAUUAGUUUGGGCAACUAGAGAUGAAGCAGGUUAGAUUUUAUAAUGAAUUGGUAUCAAUAAAUCAUACAUAUUGAUAAUCAAAUUAUAAUUUUGUUUAAUGGUUUCCCAAUUAACUUUUAUUUUUAUUAUCAAAGGUUGAAUUCAGAAUUUUCUAUUAUUUAAUUUUUAAAAAAAAUUAUCUUACCUUUUACCAAACCUAACCUACCUAUUUGUAAUAUUUCAUAAUUUGUAAGUUUGUUUUAUUAGAUUUGAAGAAUGUUCACAUUUCUUUUUCUUAAUAACUUCUAUAAAUAUUAGUAUUACAUAAUAUAUAUUUUUUUAAAAUUUUCUAGGUGCUGAUAAUUUAUGUGGUCGUUUAAUGGAAAAAAUUAAUUCAAGUAAUAAUGUUAAACAAGCUUUAGCGCAUAUGCCAUUGAUUCUUGUUUGUAUGGAGGUAUUUGUUAAUAUUUGAUAUAAUUUUACUUAAAUUAAUUUAACAAUAAAAAACUAAAAAUACUACCCAAAAAUAGAUAAAUUGUAAAAAAUAAAUACAUUGAUUGUAGGGCUUAGGUAAACUAUCAGAGAAAUUUCCAAGUAUAGCCAGUACUUGUAUUCAGUGUCUUCGUGAUUUUCUUGUUCAGCCUUCGCCAAUUUUGUCAAAAUUAAAUAAAUUUCAUUCAGAAAAACAAACAACUAAAGUAUUAAAAAUUACAGGUAAAACAAAAUGAGUUCCACAAGAAAAGACCAAGGAAAAAAAAACAACAAUUUUAAAAUAUUUUAUAUUGAUUAUUACAUUAAAAAAAAAAAAAAAAAAAAGAUUUUAUAUUAUAACAUAAACACUUUGACACUUUAGUGAAAUUUGACAGACUAAAUUUAGUUCAUUCAAAUAAUAGCAUGAAAGUAUGAAAAGGUCCUCAUAAGUAAUUUCAAUGAAUGAAAGUAAUGAAAGAUAUAUUGCAACCACUCAUUAUUUUGAAAAGUUUUAAUUUUUUUGAAAAUACUUUUUCACAUAAUUUUUACCAUUAAAAACCUAUUUUUUCAUUAGAAAUAUAUUUUUUAUGUUUAAAUAUUUUUAAAAAUUAUAAUUAGUUAAUAUAUUUAAAAUUUUAAAAUUGUUCUUUUUUUCUUGGUCUUUUGUACCGAUUAUCACAGAGUUAUAAUUUAUACAAAAAUAAUUGCAAUUUAAUUUUACUUAGCUAAAAAUAUGUAUUUAAAUGUUUAGUUAAUGGUGUUAAUGAGAAACCAAUAUCAGAUCAUGUCGAAUCACAGUUUGAAAGACUGCGAAAUUCUUCAAUUGAAAACCUUUGUAUUGCAUUAAGAGCGGCUUAUACUUUAGAUCCUUUUUGUGUACCUGCACUUUUAGCAUCUUUAUCUAAUCGCUUAUAUACUGCUGAAAAAUCUAAAAAGUAAUGUAUUUUUUUUUUUUUCUAAACAGUUUUUUUUUAUUUAAACAGUGUUAUACAAUAUUUUUAGUGAUUCUUCUUUGAUUCAAGCAAAUACAAUUGUGAUGUUAGGCCAUAUUGCUGUUAGUUUAAGGGACACAGCAAAGACCUCAGAUACUAUUUUACAGUUUUUCCAGCAACGAUUCUGUCGCGUUCCUAGUUCUAUAGAUGUGUUAAUCGUAGAUCAGCUUGGAUGUAUGAUUAUUGCUAAGUGUGAUGUAAGAGUUAAUAUUGUUUUUUUAAUUAAUACAUAUUUUUAAAUAAAUUAUUUAAUUAAAUUAUUUUUAGUUAAAUGUCUAUGAAGAAAUAAUGCGAAUGUUUUCAACAAUUACAGUAGAAGCUGGUAAUGCUCUGUAUAGCCAUGAUCAGUCAAAUCAGUACAGGUACUUUUAAUAAGGUAUUGUAUUUAUUUUUAAAAUUGUUACUAAUAUGAUUGGAUUUUAUUUAGACAUGUUUCUGGCGCUGUUAUCAAUGCUUUAGCUAAUAUUGCUUCUAAUAUUAAAGGAGAAAAUGAAAUGAAUGAACUUCUUGUGAGAUUAUUAGAAUUGUUUGUCCAACUUGGACUUGAAGGAAAACGAGCAUCAGAAAAAGCACCAGUUGCCAAUAAGGUGAAUUUUAAUUGUAUUUGUAAAACUUACCAACAAUUGAAUUUUUUUUAUAUAUCCUAGGCUUCUAGUAGUGCUGGAAAUUUAGGAAUGUUAAUCCCUGUAAUUGCAGUAUUAAUACGCCGUUUACCAGUUAUUAUACAACCAAAACCUAGAUUACAUAAGUUAUUUAGAGAUUUUUGGUUAUACUGUGUAGUUAUGGGAUUUACAAAUGAUUCAGGUAAAUAUCAUUUUAAAAUUUUAUAAAAUAUGUUUUUAAGCGUAAUCAUUUUUUUAAAUUUAAUAAAAUUGUUAGGUUUAUGGCCCAGUGAAUGGUAUGAUGGUGUAAAAGAAAUUGCUAUUAAAUCUCCAUGUCUUGUUACUCAAACAUCGACAAGAUCUCAAAUGCGUGAAUUGCAAUAUACUUCAGCUGUUAGAAAUGAAAGUGUUUCUAUAGUAAGUGAACUUUUUUUUUUUUUUAAUAAAUACAAUUUAAAGUGUGUGUAUACAAUCAAAUCAGACAUAAUAUGAAAAUAUGCAAUUUUGGUAGUUUAAAUAGAGAGAAAGAUAAAGUUAAUAUUUUUUUUAAAACUAAGUUCAGGGUCUUUUUUUAUGGAUAAUUCAACCUCAAACUUUGUGCAAUUGCUAGAUAGUAUUAGCUACUAUUAUAUUAUAAAUAGAAGAUAUAAUUUUCCUUUUUUUUGUAGAAUCAGCUUCAAGAAUUGAAAUCUCAAAUUCUGCAACAUCUUAAUCCAGCUCCACCUGAAGUAACAGCAGCUGUAAAUAAAUUAUCGUUUGCACAGGCAACUUAUCUGUUGUCGGUGUAUUAUUUGGAAACAAUGCGUAUACAAAAUUCAAAUGAUCCAAGUCUACAGCCAAUUUUCGAUUAUUUAUCAGAUUACGCUAUUCAAAAAGAUAAAUCUGGAUUGUGGCAUUGUAUCUCUAGUGUUGGAGACAAAGUAUUCGCAUUAUUUCUAAAUGCCAUGUCUACACAAGCAAAAGACGAAACUAGAGAAAAAAAGUUGGAGUUUCAUGCUCAAUUAUUGUUGGUUAACUUUAAUCAUAUACACAAAUUGAUUCAAUGUGUUGCUGAUAAAUGGCUUUCAGGACUUGUUAGCAAGUAUAUUUAAAUUUUUCGUUAGUUAUUAUUAGCGUGGUAAACUGGUAAAUCUUCAUAGUAUUAAUAUUAUAGAUUCCCACACUUAUUAUGGAAUCAACGUGUACUUUGGACUAUGUGUGACAUACUGCAAGUUUUAUCUUAUUCUUUGGAGUUAAAUCCUAAUAAUGAAACACCUUGCAUCCAAAUACCAUCUACUCCAUUUACACUCAUGUUGAUGGAUACUCUUGACGCUAGAGAAGUAAUAACAGAUUUAUUAUAUAUUAAUAUAAGUGUCUGAAAAAUUAAUUGAAAGAUUAAUUUCAGAGCACUACUAAUGACUUUGCAGCAAGGUCAUUAGGUUUUAUUCAAGAAGCAAUGAAAUGGGCUCCUAGUGCCACUCGAUCACAUCUCCAACAUUAUUUAACCCAGAUCCCCAGUUCUUCAUAUUGGCAUCAUUCAGGACUUGCGUUAGCAACUGAAAGCAUUUUACAAAGUAGUGGUCUUAAUUUCCAUGCAGCACCAUUAUCUGUAUACAUAUUUUAUAUAAUUUAAAACCCAUAAAUAUUUUAAACACAACAUAUUUUAAUUUAGAAAAUGACAUUGGAUAAGAGACCCCGUUGUGUUAAAACUGAUUCUUCAUUGUACAUCACAACUUUGGGUCUAAGAAGUCAUUUUGCCGGUAUAGUGUCUGGCAUGAUAUCAGCUUAUGAGAAUAGCCCUGAACAAUUAGUGGACAAUGUAAUUCUAAAAGUUUGGAGUGCUUGUGAUAAUGAUGUAAACAAUAUACAUCAUAAUGCAUUAUGGACUGCAACAGCAUUACUUAUAUCAAUUUCUGGUAAUAUUUAAUUGAUUUUUCUCAAUUAAUAAUUUAUACUUGUAUAAUUAAGUUUUAAUAGAAUUAAUUUGAAUUUUGAUGAUUAGGAUGUACAAGAAAAUUGCUACAUGUUGUUGCAUGGUCUCAAGUCAAGUUAUUUACCACCAAAGCUAUGAGAACUGCGGUGGAAUGUUGGCAAUGGCUAACUACAUCCCGCCCGGAUUUGGAAUUACAAUUCUUACAGGAAAUGUUUAGUGCUUGGCAGGUAUAUAUUUUAUUUUUUAAUAAACCAAUAAGUGCCUUAGUUAAAAUAUUUAAUAUAUAUACAGUAUAACUGGUUUGAGACACUCUCCUAGGUACCAGUUAGAAAUAACAAAUAACAUGGGUAAACCAAUUUAAGUUGUACCUAUAUUCGGUUAUCAUCAGAACGUUGUACUGUACUUGAAUUAUUUAUAUUGUUUUUCUACAUCAUGACUGAAGUUAUUUUUAAUACCUGUAAUACUCAAUUCGCUGAACUGUAUAUUCCGGUUAAAUAUGAAAGUUGUGCUCUAUCUCCACAUUCUUAAUUUACGGGAAUUCCUGCAACUGAAGUUAAGCAUCUUUCUUUAAAAAAUAGGCCUCUCAAGUAUUUUUGUGAUGGCUAUGAUCAUGGUUUUAAGGAAUUACCAAAGUUAAAGCUAUUAAUAAAAAAAUUAUUAUUAUAAGUGGAAAAUCUAAAAGUAUGAAUCUCAAUUAUGGUAAUACGUCUGUGCAUUACUGAAACUUGGUCAAAUCAUACUAUUAAUGAUCUAGAAUAGGGAAUUUUAACAUUUUUAGAGCGGAUAAAAUUGGUACUCACUACUAUGAAGUUAUUUGCUAAAUAUUUUUUAUCAGUAUAUAUAUCUAAUAUAAUAAACGAUUAUAAUUAUGAUUUUUUUAAUAAUCAGUUACAUGACUUAAAUUUAAAUUUAUUUAUUAUUUAUGAACACGAAAUUUUAGAUUUUAUUGGUUCAUUUAAAGACAAUGCAAGUACUGGGCCUAAUGGUAUUCCUCCAUUUUUUUGAAAAUGUGCUGUCAAACUUUCGCUAAACCCAUACAUUAUUUAUUUAAUUUGUCUCUAUCCAAUGAAAUUUUCCUCUGUUGAAAAAAAUCUUUUAUUUCUGCCGUACAUAAAUCAGGUGAUAAGCAAAAUGUAAAGCAUUAUAGGCCGAUUUCUAAAUUGUCAAUUUUGCCAAAAAUUUUUGAAACAACAUCUUAAAAAAAUUAUACAAUUUAUUUUGGAAUAAUAUAAGCCUUUCUCAACAUGGAUUUGUACCAAAAUAUUCAAUUCAAAUAAAUGUAUUGCUGUAUCAUAAUUAUCUUGUAAAAGCUCUUGAUCAAGGCUUUCAAGUGGAUGCUAUUUAUACAGAUUUUCAAAAUGCGUUUGAUAAUGUGAAUCAUAAUUUACUAUUUUGUAAAUUAAAAAAUCAUGGUAAGAGUAGAAAUUUUUUAAAAUGGUUAUUUUCUGACAAAUAUCUUGUCUUAUAAGGUGUUCCUCAGGGCAGCCAUUUAGAUCAUUUACUAAUUUUAAUAUUUAUUAAUGAUCUUCCACUAGUUCUUAAUAGUUCUAUAAAAAUUUUAUUAUUUACGAAUGAUGCGAAGAUUUUUUUUUCUGUACAGUUAAUUCUUUAAGUGAUGCUAAUCUCUUCAGUUGAAUCUUAAUAAAUUUCAUUAAAAUGUAUAAUUUUUUAAAUUAUAAUAUUGAACUUAGUCCUCUCACUAGAGUAAAUUUAAUCAAAGAUCUUGGCAUAUAUUUGGAAAGUGAUCUUUAUUUUAAUAUAAACCUUAAAAGGAUAAUGAAUAAAUCGUUUAAGAUGUUAGGCUUUAUUAAUAGAAAUUUUAAAGAUUUUAGAAAUCCGUUCUGUUUAAAAACCUUGUAAACAUCAUAAUUUAUACCCAAUCUUGACAAUCAUUACUGUCCGAUAACGAGUGAUUUAGUGCAGUAUUUCUUUAAAUUUUAUAUUAUCAUCAUUGACUAGUAGAGCAUUUUAAAUUGGUUCUACUGUACAUAGAUAUUAUAUAAAAAAUACAAAUUUUUUUUUUUAUAAAGUACACAAUUGAUAGUCGCAUGGGAUUAUUUGCUAAAGAUAUAGAACAAGUUAGUCCACUUGCAGUAUAUGAAGGAUGUACUUUAGAACCUAAUCCUCCUUUUGUGAAACCCCAUGACAUUUGGGUUCAAGUAAGACUUAUUUAUUCAUUAAAAUAGUAUUAUAAUAUUUAUUUUUAUUGCACAAUAAUUUGUUUAGUAUAUAUCAGAAGUAGUUGACAAUGUAAAAUCAUGUAGUCAAGAAAAAGUGGAAAUGUUAGCUAUGAUGUUUCAUCGGUCAUUACCCAUGAGUGUUGGAACUUCUGAUGCUUUUAUCAGUCGUCACAUAGAUGCUAUUGGAACAAGAUUUAGGUAAUCUUUAAGUUAAUCAAGUUUAUCACUUUGAAAUAUAUUUUUCCCUCCUAACAAAAUGUUUGUUUUAAAUGUCUAAAAACAGACUAUAUAUAUAUAUAUAUACCUAUGUAUAUAUAGUAGGUAAUGAAAAAAAAUGUCAAUAAUAUAUAUUAUUUUAUAUUGAAAUGUAUUGAUUUUGUUUUUCUACUCUGUAAUAACUUACCUUUUAUUACACACAAAAAUAAUAUUUUUAAUGAAAUUAUGGGGAUUGUAUUUUAUUUUGUUCAAAACUUAGAGCUACCGAUUGGAUCUAUAUUAUUGGAUCAUAAACAAUAGGAAUUUGAGAUUAAAAAAUACUAAACACAUUUAAAAUAUUUUAGAUUAUUACAAUGUGGACUGACAUUACUGCAAGGGGACGUAUUACCUAAAUCAUUGGGAAAAAAUAUACUCAGGGAAAGAGUAUAUUGUGCUUGUUUUGAUACCUAUACUACACCUGUUCAUUGUCCAACUCAACGUGGUUCAGAACUACGAGACGACAUAUUAGCUCUUACAAAAUUUUGGCAAACUAUGCAUUCAGAUAAGAAAUAUUUGAUGGCCAGUGUAAUUGGAGGUUAGAUGAAUAAAAUAAGAGUUUCUAUAAAACUUAAAAAUAAUGUUAUUUAUUGAAGAUAUUUUUAUAUAUUUUAUUAUUUGUUUUGUUUUAGAUUUUGAUCUUCAAGGGGGUUCUUUACAAAAUUCUAGUAACACAAAUUAUGACCACCAAUUAACAAUUUCAUCGUUAAAUGAAUUAACGGUAUCGAGUAUUGGAGCCGUUUCUGGAAAUUCUAGUACAGCACAAGGUUGGAUGAACACUGUUCCAUUAUCAACAUCUGCUACAAAUACAUUAAACAAACGUACGGCCAAUAAUUUAAGAAUAAAACGCCAACAUGUUAAUGACAAUCAAGAUCUGUACGUCAAAGAUUAUAUUAAAAAGCGAAUUCUCAUAUUAGAUCUUUUGGUAAGUAGUUAUUUAGUACUUUAUAUUUUAUUGUUAACAUAAUUGACCAAAAUUAACCAAUGUAGAAACGAUUAAAUUUUCAAUUAUAUAAACCUAAACAAAGAUUUCAUUAUAUAUUGAAAAUAUGAUUAGUAGAAUUUUCUAAAUAGAUUUUACCGAAUCAACAUAAAACUAUAAUUAUAUCUCCAACUAAAUGAAAUAUUCUUUAAAUUAUAUUUUAUAUGUAUAUUUAUGUUAAACUUUCAUAUUAAUCAAAUUAAAAGUAGAUAUCAGGAAACUAUGAUGAUUAAAAUUAGACAGUGCAGCACAAUAAAAUACCCACAUUAAUAUUUUUCCAAGGCUGUUCAAAUUGAAUUUUUGAGUACAUGGCAAAAUCCUGCUUGUUUAUCCGAACUCAAUGUACCUGGAGAAGAAAUGGUUGCUUCAUGGAAGUCCAAAAAUGUUCCUGACAAGUCCUUGCGGGAGAAUACAAGACUUGCUUGGGAGAUAAGUCCUGCUCUUUGCGUAUUUCUACCGGUCAGAUUAAAAAAUUCAGACUGCAUCAUUAAAGAAGUAUGUAGAAUGGUUCGAGCUAAUCCAAUGGCCGUUUCACAUAUACCUGAAGCUUUACAAUAUUUAGUGACCACCGAGACACUUUUAAGUGAUGCUCCUGAAGUAUGUAAAAAAUAAUUGCAAAAUUUAAAAAAAAAAACAAUAAUAUUAUGUAUCAUCUUUUUUUUUUUUUUACAAUGUAAUUUAAACAAAUUGAAUAUUUCAGCUCGUCUACAUGUUAACAUGGGCAAGGGUUACUCCGGUUCAAGCCUUAUCAUAUUUUUCCAGACAAUACCCACCACAUCCGAUAUCUGCACAGUAUGCAGUUCGUGUUUUAGCAAGUUAUCCCGCCGAUGCAGUAUUAUUUUAUAUUCCCCAAUUAGUACAAACCCUUCGACAUGAUACAGUAUGAUAAUAAUUUUUUCUAUAGCAAUGUGUAAUACUCAAUACUUAUUAGUCAUUAUAUUAAAAAAAAAAAAAACAGAUGGGUUAUGUGUUGGAGUUUAUCAAAUCAAUUUCAUUACGGUCCCAGGUAGUUGCUCACCAGUUAAUUUGGAAUAUGAAGACAAAUAUGUACAUAGAUGAAGAAAUGCAACACAAAGACAGUAAUGGCUACUUAAAAAGAUAAUUUGUUUACAAUAAUUGUUUUUUAAUAUAUAUGUGUGUAUAUUUUUUUUAGCUGCUCUUUAUGAUACAUUAGAUUCGUUAACUAAUGCAAUAGUUGAUUGUUUAUCGGGUCCUGCAAAAAAAUUUUAUGAGCGAGAAUUUGAUUUUUUUUCUCAAAUUACUGAUAUCUCAGGCAAAAUAAGACCUUUUCCUAAAGGUAAAACAAAUAAAAUUUAAUUGAAUGAAAUUAAUUUUUGUAUAAUUUCCAGGACCUGAACGUAAACGUGCAUGUUUAGAAGCACUUAGCAAAAUUGAAGUACAAGCUGGAUGUUAUUUACCAUCAAACCCAGAGGCAAUGGUUAUUGAUAUUGACUAUAACAGUGGGACUCCAAUGCAGAGGUUAAUAUUUUGUGAACAAUAAUUAGAAUUAAUUUUUAUUUAAUAAUUAUGUGACAUGUGUUUUAGUGCUGCCAAAGCACCAUAUUUAGCACGGUUUCGAGUGAGAAAAUGCGGUAUAAAUGAACUAGAACAAACAGCCAUGGCCAUUUCCAAUCAUCAGUCACUUAAUAGUUCUGAAAAGUUUGUGGAUACAUCUGCUAUGAUGGGCUUGGACACAUGGCAGGCAGCAAUAUUCAAAGUAUAAUUUUUAAUUAUAAUUUAUUUUUUAAAAUUUAUUUGCUAAAAUAUUUUAAGGUUGGAGACGAUGUUCGUCAGGACAUGUUGGCGCUUCAAGUCAUCAGUAUUUUUAAAAAUGUCUUUCAACAAGUUGGUUUGGAUUUAUACUUGUUUCCAUAUCGAGUGGUUGCUACUGCUCCUGGAGUAAGUAUUAUAAUAAACAGUAUCAAUCAAAUUGUAUCUAAAUUGUAUUGUUUCUGGUAGAAAUUUUGUAUACAAUAUAAAAAAAUUAAAAAAAAAAACAUAAUUGUAAAACUCAUUGCUUCAUUUAAAAUCUAAAAUAUUGUAAUAUAUUUAAUAUAUUAUGAAAACAGAAUUGUUUUAGAUUUUGAACUCAGUAAGAAAUGUAUUGGUUCUACUAUAAUUUGCUUUAUUAUAUUAUUUUUUUUUUUUUUGUGUCUUGUGACUAACUUUUCUACUAAAAAUCUAGUUAGUACAUUAGAAAGUUAUUUUUUUUAUUUUCCUGUAGUUUUCAUAUUAGUAAAAAAUAAAUAACGUUAAAACUUAUUGAAAAUCAGAUUAAUAAUUUUCAAUUUUGUUUUUAUGGUGUAAUUUGUUUAAAUAUAAUUGUAGAAAUCUGAAUUUUCACAGAAUGCUUAUAUUAGCCUCGUGUAUAUAGCCUAUAUAUGGACAACAUUUUAAAACAUUCUACCAAUUUUUGAGCUAUUUAUAAUCAUUUGACAUUGUUUAGAUUUUAUUUGGUCUAUUUGGUCUAUUAAACAGUUUCAGCCAAACAUAAAUGUUUGAGAAUUUUACAUUAGGUUCAUUAUAAUCUAUAAUUAGUGAUAAACAAAAAUAUUACAGGAGUUUUUAGAUUCAAAGCAUAAAAAGGGAUCUAUUGGUUUUACUAUAAUGUAUUUUUUUUCUAUUAAAACAAUUUUUCGAAAAAAGAAAUUUUGCUCCAAUAUAUAGAAUGCAGUAUCUUUUCUGAAAGAAAAUUUUAUCCAUUUGAUGCAUUAAACAGGUAAUUUUAUGGUUUACUAAGGUUUUUUUUUUAUAAUAAUUGGGAAAAAUUAGAAACAAAAUUUUAAGUAAAAACGCAGAAUGCCGUGGCGUUAUCGAUUGUUUUUAAAUUUUUCAAGUAGUUUUUUUUUUAGAAUUGGGAAUACUGGAAUGAGAUGAAAAAUAAAAACUGAUAAAUGUAUGGUGUUAGAAUUGCUUUAUUUUAAAUUGUUUAUAUUUCCUACUAGAAAUAUUGCUCCAUUAGAAAAACAACAAGAGACCUUUUUGUUGCAUUUUUAAUUUUAUUGGUGACCAAAAAAGUCGUGUUUUUUAUAAUUGAGCAAAACGACAUAGAAAGAACAGAUAAUUUGUGAAAACAAUUCUUUUAUUAUUUUUAAUUGUAAUUUUUUGUUGUAAUUCAUCUACAAAUAUUCAGUGUUAUUUGAAAUUUCGAUAGAAAACUUUUAUUUACUUUUUCUAGACACGGUCAAAUUUAAAAAAUAUUUGAGCUAUUUUUGAGUUAUUUAUAGACAUAGUGACACAACCAUCAGCAGUAUCAUUUAUUUAUUUAUUUUUCUUAAAUUAUAGUGUGGCGUAAUUGAAUGUGUUCCCAAUGCAAAGUCUAGAGACCAACUGGGCCGUCAAACUGAUUAUGGCAUGUAUGAAUAUUUCAUAAAAACUUACGGUGAUGAAAACACUAAGGAAUUCCAGGUAAAAUUAUGUAAUAUAUUUUAAUUACCAGUUAAAUUAUAAAUAUUUGUGAGACUUUAUAAGUAGUUUUCACGUAUACCAUGUCUUCACGAUAUGAGAUACCACCGCAGAAACCACUGUAUAACACUGAUAUGUGCUUGUUACGUAUCAAUAUGUAUCUUCAUUCGUGGGUACAAUUUAAUAUUUAAUAAUAUAGUUAUAAUAAAUAAUAAUAAUAGUAAAUACUAUUUUAGAGAAAAAAAUAAUACAUAUUAUAUUGGUUAUUUAAUAAAAAGUUUUUGCAAAAUAAGGUGGUGAGGUAGGGAGACUAAUCGAAUGAGCUUGAAAAAGAUAUUCUUUUUUUUUUAUACAUAUUUUAGAUUAGAGAAAAUAUUAUAUUAUACUUAGUCAGACAUUUUUAUUUUUUGAUGUGUGAAGUACUUAACAACUUUGUAUUAUUUUAUUUGAGAUGUUUAAGUUUAUUAUUUUUACCAAAAGAAAUGGUUUAAUUUUUAUAAUGUUACAACUAUAAAAUGUUGUAAAGUCAAACAGAUUUAAUAAAAAAACAAAUUUAUAAAUGAAACUUCUUUUAAAAAUGUAUUCUUUUGUUCGAAAUUCACUUUGUGUCAUUUAAAUUCAUCAUAUCUAAUGAAAUAUCUUACACAAAUGCAUAAUGUCCAAAAUUAAAAGUAAUGAAAUAUAAUUUUGGACAGUUUUAUAGUAUAUAAAAAAAAAAUAUCUGUAAAAAUUAUUUCAAAAAAAUGAAAUGAUUAAAAAUCACACUUAUAAAGUCUAUAUCUGUAUUUAUAUGCAACGAAAAAAUGAAUACAUUAAUUAUUUAAUUUUUCCUUUGCAAGAACCCUCAAAAAGUGUCGGAAAUUAGCCCAAUUGAUAUUACCUAUUUAUUUUUAGAACGCCCGAAGAAAUUUUGUACGAUCCAUGGCAGCAUACAGUGUUAUUGGUUUUCUGUUGCAAAUUAAAGACAGACACAAUGGAAAUAUAAUGUUGGACACCGAUGGACAUAUCAUACAUAUUGGUUAGCUAUAUUUGUAUACUUCAAGGAUAAAUUAUAUUAUUUUAGUUUCACUAUUAUUUGGUACACAAUUGAAGGACGGCAGGAUGAUAUUUUGUUCAAUAUAAUAUUUUUAGAUUACCGUUUUUACAAACAUUUUAAACAAAUACAUAUUAAUUAGAGAUGUGACGAAUUCUUCAAUUUUCUAACUAGACCAAACCGAACUCUGGGUGUUUGGUUCGGUUUGAAAAUCUAACUGAAACUUACAAAUAAUUGAACUGAACCAAGUACCCAAUAGUUCGGUUCAAAAAUCACUUGAUGUCGAUUCUGCAUGUCAGUUUUGCGAAAGCUGGAUAAAUAGUAACAUUUAAAAAACAAAGACGAAUGUUACCCAAAUCAGUUGAAUAAAUGGUCUUCUUACAUGACAAUGUAUAAAUAUAUUUUAUUAAAAUAUUAUUAAUUAUUACUUUCGUUUUUACUAUUUUUAAUUUAUUAGUUCAUAUGUUCAUAUUAUAUUAACAUUUUUAAUAUGAUAAUUAAUAAUAUACUUAUAAAUUAUAAUACAAUUUUAAAUUUUUCUGAUCUAACCUAACCUAAAUUUUUUACUUUUUAAUUUGGAGUUGGAGUUCGAUAAAAUAUUUUAAAAGUUUGGUUUGGUUCAGGUUCAAAUAAAAAUGUUUAGGUUUCGGUUCGGUUCAGGUUUGUUAAUUUCAAGGAAAGUUCAGUUUCGAUCAGUUUAAACUAUAAAAUUAAUGUUUGUAACAUCUCUAAUAUUAAUCUACAUUCCUUGUUUAGAAAUCUAAAACCAAAACAAAAUUUACAUAUAUUAUAAAUGUAUACAGUUUUGAGCCAUUAAUAUUAUGUAAUAUCACUAAUGUACUGUUAUAUUUUCUUCUCCAGAUUUUGGGUUUAUGUUUGAAUCAUCACCUGGAGGUAAUUUAGGUUUUGAACCUGACAUCAAGCUUACUGAUGAAAUGGUAAUGGUAAUGGGUGGUAAAACUGAUGCUCCACCAUUUCGAUGGUUUACUGAACUGUGUGUUCAAGCGUAUUUGGCUGUCAGGUAAUCAUUGAUACACUAUCUUGCUUUUAUUGUUUAGUCGUAAAAUGUUUGUAUUCACUUGUCAGGCCUUAUAAAGAAGCAAUAAUUUCACUAGUGUCUUUAAUGCUGGACACUGGACUUCCUUGUUUCCGCGGUCAAACAAUCAAACUGUUACGGGCAAGAUUCACGCCACAAUCAACUGACCGUGAAGCUGCACAAUAUAUGAUGAAUGUCAUUCACAAGUCUUUCCUUAACUUCAGAACAAUCGCAUAUGAUUACUUGCAGCUUUACCAAAAUCAAAUCCCGUGCUGAAGAGUAAUCAUUUACUCCUAAAUAAACUGUAACACAAAAUACGGUACCAUCCAUGGUCAAAUUUUUACUAGCCUACUUCUCUAUAUUUUAUAUGAAAUCUAUUGAGUUUUCAUCUUCUAUUUAUAUUUAUUUUUAUAAUAUUAUUAGCCAUUGGGUUAUAUGCAAUUAAUAAUUUAUGUACUUAAGUUACCAUAAAAAUAUAUUCUUAUAAUAGGUUGAUUGGUUCAAAUAUAAAUGGUUUUGAAGUAACUUUUUUAAUGGAUGGGGUUAUAAUUGGGGCGGUUUUAGGUUUUAAAACUAGUGUGGCUAGAUGUAGGUAAUUUUACUUUUCAUAAUUUAAAUUAUUUAUUGUAUUGACACUAUUGGCUUUGACCAUCUCUUUGAACUAUAGGUAACUAAUGAAUGUAUAUAUUUAUGUAGACAUAAUUUAUGCCUAGAACUACUACUGGAAAUGCAGUAACUAUAUUUUAAAUUGUUUUAU